AUGAUGAUAUCCCUGGAUCUGGAGCAGCCGCAGCAGAAGCAGCAGCGAGCCGGCAAUACUGUGGCCGCUGAUCGGAGUGUCAGCGAGACGCGUUACUACUCUGACGAUGGGACAAUUACCGGCGACAUUUGCGACAAGGAGGAAGGGCGGUUGCUGCUCGCAGGGGCGUGCGACAGUCGCGAGGAUGGCGGCGCAUCGAUGCGACGAUCGGCGGCAGAAGCGACGGCCACGGGUGAUGGCCACGGCACCAGCAGCGGUGCUGCUUCUGCUGCUGGUUGUGGUGCUGCUGAUGAUUUCGGGGAGGUGGAAGAAGGCGAGGGGGACGAUGGAGAGCCGAGCCUAUGGUCAGCAUUGGCGUUUGCAUGGGUGAGUCCGAUAGUGCGCAUGGGCGCGCGCAGAGCGCUGCAGCUGGCGGACCUACCCCCGCCCCCCCGCACCUGUCGCGCGGAAUGGCUGGACGCGCAAACGGCGCGCUUGCAAGGGGAGGGGCGGAAGGAGGAGGAGCUUUGGGAAGGGGGGCAGGCGGAAAAGCGGGGGGAAAGGAGAAGCGGUCAGUGCGUGGUGUCGGGCGGAUGGCGGGAUGAUUGCCCCGAGGGUGCGGUGGCCCGCGCUGGUGGGAUGGAUGGUGCGGUGAGGCAUCUCAGAACUCGGGCGGAUGGGGGGAUGGUUGCCCCCAGGGGCCCGCGAUGGUAUCGUGGGGUGGGCCGCGUUGGUCGGCUGUGGGCGGGGGGCAGGCGGAAGUGGCCUUUUUGGGCGGCUCUGUAUUGGCCGCACCGGUGGCAGCUGCUGCUGCUUGCAGUUCUGUUUCUCGGGGAGUCGAUUAUGCAAGUAAUCAAAGCCGUGCUGCUGUAUCAAAUGGUGAGUGCUGCUGUACUGCAUGCCUACCUUGAAGCGUGUGGUGGCAGCAGCAGCAGCAGCAGCAGUGUGGCAGGGCAACCCGCACCCACAGAGGGUUACCUCACUGCAGCAGGGCUGGGCGCAGUGGCGGUGGUGAUGGCCGUGGUGAGCCAGCAAUUGAGCUACCGAUCGUAUGUUGUCUCCACCAACACACACACCGCUGCCAUCAGUGCAGUGCACCGUCACCUCCUCUCCCUCACCGCCAGCGCGCUGAGCCACGUCAGCAGCGGGCACUGCAUCAAUCUGCUGUCCAAUGAUGUGCGCCGAUUGGAAGACCUGGUGUUUUUUGGCAACGCGCUCUGGGUGGCCCCGAUUGAGCUUGCGAUGGUCACGUGGCUGAUAGCGAGGGAGAUCGGAUGGGUGCCCACCAUCGCUGGCAUCGCCACGCAACUGCUGCUGCUUCCACUACAGGCCCCGAAGCCCUUCCAAGAGCUCAUUCUUCGACUCAUACUUCACUGUUUUCUCAAGAUCAUUCCGGUUACUCCGUCCACUCCCAUUGCGCAAAAUCGCCUCAAAAAUCCCCUCCAUCUUCCCUUCCUCUCCAGCCUGCAGAGCACCGCUGCCAUCAACGCCGUGACGGAUGCCCUUUACUUCUCCUUCACCUCCGUGGUCGCCCUCGUCACCUUCGCCACCUUCACGUGCCUCGGAGGGCACCUCACUGCCUCCUCCGUGUUCUACGUGCUCACGCUGCUCGAGUCGAGCAGGGUUGACAAACCUGCUACUCAUGGAGCAGUUGAUAUGCGUGUUCUCACAGCGCCCACUCAUGGAGGCGCGUGUUCUCACAGCGCCCACUCAUGGAGGCGCGUGUUCUCACAGCGCCCACUCAUGGAGGCGCGUGUUCUCACAGCGCCCACUCAUGGAGGCGCGUGUUCUCACAGCGCCCACUCAUGGAGGCGCGUGUUCUCACAGCGCCCACUCAUGGAGGCGCGUGUUCUCACAGCGCCCACUCAUGGAGGCGCGUGUUCUCACAGCGCCCACUCAUGGAGGCGCGUGUUCUCACAGCGCCCACUCAUGGAGGCGCGUGUUCUCACAGCGCCCACUCAUGGAGGCGCGUGUUCUCACAGCGCCCACUCAUGGAGGCGCGUGUUCUCACAGCGCCCACUCAUGGAGGCGCGUGUUCUCACAGCGCCCACUCAUGGAGGCGCGUGUUCUCACAGCGCCCACUCAUGGAGGCGCGUGUUCUCACAGCGCCCACUCAUGGAGGCGCGUGUUCUCACAGCGCCCACUCAUGGAGGCGCGUGUUCUCACAGCGCCCACUCAUGGAGGCGCGUGUUCUCACAGCGCCCACUCAUGGAGGCGCGUGUUCUCACAGCGCCCACUCAUGGAGGCGCGUGUUCUCACAGCGCCCACUCAUGGAGGCGCGUGUUCUCACAGCGCCCACUCAUGGAGGCGCGUGUUCUCACAGCGCCCACUCAUGGAGGCGCGUGUUCUCACAGCGCCCACUCAUGGAGGCGCGUGUUCUCACAGCGCCCACUCAUGGAGGCGCGUGUUCUCAUAGCGCCCACUCAUGGAGGCGCGUGUUCUCACAGCGCCCACUCAUGGAGGCGCGUGUUCUCACAGCGCCCACUCAUGGAGGCGCGUGUUCUCACAGCGCCCACUCAUGGAGGCGCGUGUUCUCACAGCGCCCACUCAUGGAGGCGCGUGUUCUCACAGCGCCCACUCAUGGAGGCGCGUGUUCUCACAGCGCCCACUCAUGGAGGCGCGUGUUCUCACAGCGCCCACUCAUGGAGGCGCGUGUUCUCACAGCGCCCACUCGUGGAGGCGCGUGUUCUCACAGCGCCCACUCAUGGAGGCGCGUGUUCUCACAGCGCCCACUCAUGGAGGCGCGUGUUCUCACAGCGCCCACUCAUGGAGGCGCGUGUUCUCACAGCGCCCACUCAUGGAGGCGCGUGUUCUCACAGCGCCCACUCAUGGAGGCGCGUGUUCUCACAGCGCCCACUCAUGGAGGCGCGUGUUCUCACAGCGCCCACUCAUGGAGGCGCGUGUUCUCACAGCGCCCACUCAUGGAGGCGCGUGUUCUCACAGCGCCCACUCAUGGAGGCGCGUGUUCUCACAGCGCCCACUCAUGGAGGCGCGUGUUCUCACAGCGCCCACUCAUGGAGGCGCGUGUUCUCACAGCGCCCACUCAUGGAGGCGCGUGUUCUCACAGCGCCCACUCAUGGAGGCGCGUGUUCUCACAGCGCCCACUCAUGGAGGCGCGUGUUCUCACAGCGCCCACUCAUGGUGGCGCGUGUUCUCACAGCGCGCACUCAUGGUGGCGCGUGGGAGGGUAUUGGAUCGGAUUGA